AUCCGGAUUCGUUUGGUGUCUGACGGGAGGGCUUUCGCUCUCGAGUCUCCUUUGCGUGAAUUCUAAGCGUCAUUCACUCCAUGAUCUCUGCGCUUGCUUGAUAUUUUUUUAUGGAAUUUACGGAUUUGAUUACAUCGGUUGGUGCCGGUGGUUCUGGUUCCGGUCUAUUUAAGCUUCUCGGCUCUCGAGGGUUCUUCGAGCCUUCCUCAGACCAAAAUAAACAUAUUUCUUAAUUGUGAAUCCAAGAUUUAAGAAGGCUAGUUUUUCCGACAAAGGGGAAUCAGAGCAAUGGCGAAGGAAUUGUCCAAUGGGGUAUCAAAGCCGCCGCCGACGCCUUCCCCUCUGCGGAAUUCCAAAUUUUUUCAGUCCAAUAUGCGAAUCUUGGUGACUGGGGGAGCUGGAUUCAUUGGGUCGCAUCUAGUGGACAAGUUGAUGGAGAAUGAAAAGAAUGAGGUAAUUGUUGCUGACAACUUUUUCACUGGUUCAAAGGACAAUCUCAGAAAAUGGAUUGGUCAUCCAAGAUUUGAGCUAAUUCGACAUGAUGUCACGGAGCCAUUGCUGGUAGAGGUUGAUCAAAUCUACCAUCUUGCCUGUCCUGCCUCUCCAAUUUUCUACAAAUACAACCCUGUGAAGACGAUAAAGACAAAUGUGAUUGGCACACUGAACAUGUUGGGACUUGCAAAGCGGGUUGGAGCAAGGAUUUUGCUGACAUCUACCUCAGAGGUUUAUGGUGAUCCUCUUGAGCAUCCUCAGAAGGAAGAGUACUGGGGAAAUGUUAACCCAAUUGGAGUCAGGAGCUGCUAUGAUGAGGGGAAGCGUGUGGCAGAGACUUUAAUGUUUGACUAUCAUAGGCAGCAUGGAAUCGAGAUUCGAAUUGCUAGAAUUUUUAACACCUAUGGACCACGCAUGAACAUCGAUGAUGGUCGUGUUGUCAGUAACUUCAUAGCUCAAGCGCUUCGGGGUGAGCCCUUAACAGUUCAAGCACCUGGAACGCAAACUCGAAGUUUCUGUUAUGUUUCUGAUAUGGUUGAUGGACUUAUCCGGCUGAUGGAAGGAGAUAAUACAGGCCCUAUCAACUUGGGGAACCCUGGUGAAUUUACAAUGAUGGAACUUGCUGAGGCCGUGAAAGAGUUGAUUGAUCCCAAUGUGCCUGUGAAAAAUGUGGAGAAUACACCUGAUGAUCCACGCCAAAGGAAACCAGACAUCACAAAAGCAAAGGAGCUACUAGGAUGGGAGCCCAAGAUUACAUUACGCCAGGGCCUUCCUCUCAUGGAAGAGGAUUUCCGACAGCGUCUUGGCGUGCCCAAAAAAGCAUAACCUCUAGCAUCAAUUCUUCCCUCAGAAUUAAAGCUUUGUUUUCGGAGAUAAAAGCAUUCUGAAUCAUAUGCCUUUUUCAUCUUAGAGUAAAUGUUUGCUCGUCAGCUUUAAAUUUUACACUUGUGGUUUGUCAAAAAGAAUUUAAAAAACUAGUGGUUGUAUAAUGGCUAUUUGAAUCCAGGAGGAUCUUUUCUGCUUUCUUUUUUCGAAGGGGUUAUUUCACUUAUUGGAUCAUGUGCGGACUUAUUUUUCCACUAUAGAAAAUAAUGGUUAUUCUAGCUA